UAUCGAUAUAAUACUAGCAGCCCCUAUAGAACUAUUUGUGAGUUUGGCCACAAAUUGUGGCCAAGCAAAAUAGAUUUUGAAAAGUUGAUUUAUUUCCAAUGUAAACCGAUUUAAAAUCUAAACAAUAUGUUGUUCCGAUCAGCCAAAAACAAGUUCGAGACUGUGGAUAUACUUCGCAGGCUAAAACGCCUGGCGGAGGGCACAUUAACGUCCUACCGGCGUUUAUUUGUGCUUCUAUUGUGUGUGUGCAUAGUAUUUUAUAUGCUACCGCCAAUCUUUCGUUAUUUAUUUCUAAGCCCAAAUGAGGAAAAGAUGUGCACAGCAUGUGCAUGGAUGACCGUCUAACGCCUUAUAUAUUGCAAAACUACGAGUAUGACGCGAACAUACGUCACGUGGCUCCUCUGCUGCCCGAUGAACGGGACUACACGCCCUACGUGGGCAACGGUUACUUCGGCCUGGAGGUGUCCCACGAUGCAGCGUUGAAUAUUAAACAUGGCCGUGCCAUGCAGCUUCCUAUACGCUUUCAGCCGGUGGUGUCCGUCCUACAGAAUGGAGGUGCUGCUGAGAAGGAGGCCACCGUUGUGGAGUAUCUGACGGGGAUGGUGCAUAGGUUUCAAUGCUUUGCUGGCUACUUUGUGUCCUACACAUUAUACGCCCAUCGCACGCAACCUAAUCUUCUCAUGCAGGAGCUGCAAGUAACGAACAUGCGUAAUUUGAUGGACAACAUUGAGUUGAUAUUGCCACGCAAUCGCUUGCCAAAGUCCUCGACGCGCAGCAUUCCCCUUAGCGACCCAGUGCAAAUUGGCAUGUUUACUUACACGGAACUCGAAGUGAUAGCAGGCACAGUGCAGCCUUCGUCGGAUGAUCCUGGCAAGCUAAUUGCAAUCAGCAUUGUGAAGCCAAAGCUGGAGACGACUCUGCAGCUGCGCAAACGCGGGACAGUUCGCAUAGUUUACCCACUAAUUGUAGAGUAUUCCAAGCCGGUGCCGGAGGCGCAAUUGAAAUCAACCUUGGACAACCUCGAGCAGCAUACGAUUCAGGCGAUGACGAAGCUUCUACAAAAACUCAGUACUAAGGCGUCUGGUACUGGCUCUCUGAACAGCAUCAAUACGUUCCGGCAGGAGCACAUUAAUGUGUGGGCAGAUCUCUGGGCAACGGGCUUUACGAUAAGCACCUCCAAGGCGGAGAACAGUUUGAAUGGCGAUCGCAUAAAUGCCACCAUGUAUGCAGUGCUCUCUCAAGUGCGCAGCUUUGAGUUUGAGGAAGUCAAUGCUGUGUUGGGCUCAGGAUCGCCUAGCAUACGUGAGGACAUUGCCAAGGCGUUGACAUACGCAGAGGGCUGCUAUGAUUCCUAUCACACUCUGCAGGCUGAGAAUCUGUGGCGUGACAUGUCCACUCUCCAUCAGCUCAACUCGCUUGUGUCAUCCUGGAUGCUUACGUUGGAGAAACAAGGCUGUCACAAUCUAAUACGUGCUGGCGCCUCGGGCGUCAUUCAGGCCAUGACAUUGAGCUUCGGUAGCUUUCGUUUUAGCAAUCAACACCUGGAGUGCAAUAUGCAUCCUAAAUUCCUGCAUCGCGACUUUCACUUUAGGCGCCUCAACUACGGCAACAAGACACACGUAAAUGUUACGAUUAUUGUUAAGGACGACAACAAGGCGGUCAUCAAUGUGGCUCUGGAUCGAUCUGAUCGCAGCUAUUAUGCCUGCGAUGGCGGCUGUCUGGAUGAGCCUGUGCUGCUCACACAAAGCCGUCGAGAAUUCCCUGUCAAAUUGACUGAACCCUUGACUGCAAUAUUGUAUAUAACCGAGGAUAAACAACACAUGGAGGAAAUUCAUCAUGCGAUACACGUAAAAGAAGUUGUUGAAGCUCCUGCACAUGAGCAGCAUCUGAUUGCGUUACACAAACAUGGUCAUCAAUUGGGAGGAUUGCCCGCUCUCUUUUGGGUCUCAGUGUGUGCAAUAAUCAUAGUAUUCCAUAUAUUCCUAUGUAAGCUUAUUAUCAAGGAAUACUGCGAACCGAGCGAUAAACUAAGGUAUCGCUAUAACAAACCGUGAUUCUAGUUGUAUAUAUACCAAAUAAAUGUGUAUAAUCAAAUUGGACAGAUGGAAGAUGCUACUAGUAAAACAAAUUGAAACCAAAUGCCGAAUUUUUUAAGAAACCGUUUCAAAUUUGAAUAUCAAGCAAGCAGGCAAAUAUACAUUUGUAUUCACACAAAUGUGCAAUAUAUAGUAUUUAAAUUAAAAUCAAAAGAUGUUGAAAUUUAUUGAAAAACCACAUUUGUAUGAAUACUGAGGAAGCGCUUUCGCAGUAGACCCAAUAAUAUUUAUUGUUAAGAUCUGAAUAAUGUAUAUAUUUGUUUGUAUACUAACAAGCUAUUCAUUUAAUAUAUAUGUAAACUUAUACCAAGUAUUGACACUAGAGUAUUGCUUUCGUAAAUAAAGAUUAAUUUAUUAUGCAAUCAGUAAAUUAAUCUUUGUUUACAAUAAAUUGUAUUUAAAGGAAAUAAACAAACGAAACAUAAUUUUGUGUUUCAA